CACGCACGCGAUAUACAGAUUGAACAAGCCGCGUGCGAUGUGCUACCAUUCCUGUGAGCCCGCAUGUGUUGCCAGGAAGGGGGUGUAUGCCUACACCUCCUCACUACCCCAUCACUCCCUCGUAGCCUUGAACUCGCAUUCUUUUCGAAGGAGAGCGACAUCAGCAGAGCUUUACUCAGAAACAUCAAGAUCGUAGUGCUUGACAUCUACCUCUAGGAAGUACCUGCUUACUGGAAGGUCACGGGCUGUUGUCACGCGGGAGUGGCAAGAUGGCGGGUAUCAAGACGAUCAUUUUCCUCUCCAUUUCCCUCGCCCUCGGUUUUCUGCUCGUCAUUCUCUCCUGCGCGCUCUUUUCCAAUUGGCUCCCACUGCUCGUCGCAUUGCUCUACGUGCUAGCUCCUCUUCCAAACACCAUCUGCGCGCGCUGCGCAGGAGCAGACGAUUUCAGCGCGGAUUACAAUAGCGCCUAUGUGGAUUUCGGAAAUUGGUUGACCAGCACCACGGUCGUCUCUGGCAUCGCAUUGCCGCUCGUCUUGGCACAUGCCGGCGUUAUAAGGGUUGCGGCUUGUAUCAUGAGCAGUCUGGGAGGCGCGCUGGUGUAUGGUACAAUGCUCACCUACGCCGGGUUCUUUAGCGAGAGCGGCGACGACGCUUUCUAAGUUGCUGCGACGCAGUGAGCGGGAAUGCAAGGCAAAUUCUUUGAAAUCCAUUUCCGAUCAGUCCAUCAAGUCACCUUUCUGAUAGCAUUUAACUUCGGGACUCGUCGCUGCUCGCAACAUGCCUCCCGAACGCAAUACGAUACCUACUGAGCAGUUUACUGCGCAUUCUCCUCAGGCGUAGAGCUUUUCGGUACCUCAUUCAGGACUGCUGCUGUUGAGCUUCUCCAUGCGCGCACAGGUCCGGCAUUGGCCACAGGCCAGCAUGUCUGCAGCGAUCAGUCGUUUGCCACUCAGGGGUUCUGGCUGCGAUUUCAUCACCGCUAGGGUCCGAGAGACGAUUGUCAUGUAAACGCAUGGUCUAAUUUCUAAUUUGCGCA